AUGGUCCCGCCGUCCCCCGGCGGGGAGUCCCUGCCGCCCACGCCCGCGGCGAAGCACGCGCGCCCGUCCAGCGGGUUCGCGUCCGCGGUCCCGAACGGCGCAUCAUCGCGCGACGUAUAUCACACGACGAACGAGAACUUCAAGGUGGUGAUCCGCGUGAGGCCGCCGCUCGCGAGGGAGCUCGGCGCGGGGAAGCGCUACCAGCCCUCCGUCGCGGUGGACACGUCGUGCGCGGUGUGCACGCUGUCGGAAAACUUGGAAGGGUGGCGGCACGGCGUGAACCCGGUCGGGGAGAACGGGAUGGUGCAAAACACGCAUCAGUUCACGUUCGAUCACGUGUACGACCAAGACGCGAGCCAAGAGACCGUGUACGAAAACUCCGCGAAGCCGGCGGUGAUGAGCACUCUGUUGGGAUACAACGCGGCGAUGAUGGCGUACGGGCAGACGGGCACGGGGAAGACGUACACGAUGGAGGGCGACCGCGCGUCCAUGAAGGCGCGCGCGCACGGAGGCGGCGCCGGGCGACUUCCGGGGGAACCCGGGGACGCGUCCGCGUCCGGGACGGAACGCGGGAUCAUUCCGAGGGCGAUCGAGGAUAUCUUCGGGCACAUCAAGAGCGACACGUCGACGCGGAGUAAGUACCUCGUCCGCGCGUCGUACGUGCAGAUAUACAACGAGGUGAUCAGCGACCUCUUGAAGCCCGAGCGCGCGAAUUUGAACAUUCGCGAGGAUAAAAAACGCGGCGUCUUCGUCGACGGGCUGUCCGAAUGGGUGGUGCGGACCCCCGACGAGAUCUACGGCCUCAUGGAGAAGGGCGCGACGCAGCGGACGACCGGGAGCACGAAGAUGAACGAGCUCUCGUCGCGGUCGCACGCGGUGUUUAUCAUCAUCGUCGAAAACAGUAAGCUCGAGGAGGAGCCCGGUCGGCAAGAACUUCGGCAGUCGUUCAAGGUUGGCAAGUUGAACCUCGUGGACCUCGCGGGAAGCGAGCGCGUGAGGCAGUCCGGCGCGACCGGCGUGCGCCUCGAGGAGACGAAGAAGAUCAACCAGAGCCUCAGCGCGCUCGGGAACGUGAUCAAGGCGCUGACGGAUAAGAACGGCACGCGGUCGCACGUGCCGUACCGCGACUCGAAGCUGACGCGCAUCCUCGAGGACUCGUUGGGGGGUAACUGCAAGACCACGAUGAUGGCGAUGAUAUCCCCGGCGUUGGAGGCGUUCACGGAGUCGCUCUCGACGCUGAAGUUCGCGAACAGGGCGAAGUUCAUCAAGAACACCGCGCGCGUGAACGAGGACCUCGAUCAAAAGUCGCUCCUUCGGAAGUACGAGCGCGAGCUGAAGCGGCUGCGGCAAGAGCUCGACGAGCGAACGAAGAACCUCGUGGACAAGCGCGCGCUGUUGCAGCUGGACGAGCAGCGGAGGAAGGCGGAGGCGGAUAAGAUGCGCGCCAUCACGGAACUCGAAGCGCGGUCGCAAGAGUUUCUCAAGGAGAAGAGAGAGAAGCGGGAUUUGGAGCAGGCGAUCGAGGCGAUGCAAUCGCAGAUGCUCGGCGGCGGCGACACCCCGCAAUUCCGCGCGAUGCUCCAAGAAGAGCACGAGCGCAUUCGCACGGAGUACGAAGGGAAGAUGCGCGAGCUCGAGCACGACCGGCAAGAGGCCGAGGAGGGCCGCGCGCAAGUCGGGCGGUACAAGGCUGUCCUCUUGAAACAGCGCGACAUCAUGAUCGCGCUCACCGCGCGUCUCAACGAACGCGACGAGACGAUAAUCCGCAUGCAAGAGGAGUUGAAAGCGUACGACAAGGAGUACCGCCGCGUGGAGGACGCGCUGGACGGGAAGACCGCGGAGCUCAUCGCGUUACGACGCGCG